AUGGGCAGGAGAGAUGCCGUGGUCCGGCAUUGCAGGUCACGAAAUGCCUCUUCGCCUUCGGGAACCGCCAGGAGAAAGAAGAUCAGCUCCAAGAAACUCGACAAGACUGAUUCGGGACGUCCCACGUUACCGACACAACCAAGAGCCUCGACGCCGGCCGAGCCAGAACAAUCAGAGAAACCGAGCUCGCUGGACCUUGUGGUCGAUUUCCAGGUCGACGACUGGGGGUUGAUCCUCGGAUCUUUGGACGAGAAUGCCAUCGCCGCCAUGAUGGGGUUUCAAGACCAUCUGAGGCACCUAUGGGCUGGACUUGGCUCCAACGACGAUGAGCUAACCCGGCCCCAGAAGGGAACGGCAUCGUCAUAG